UUGCUGUCUAGUUAAGUCGCAGAGAGAAUGAUGCUAGGUCUACUUGUAGCGGCUGUAUUUCUUACCCACAUACAUGACAGUGCAUGUAGUUACCCAAGAGCUAUCGCCAGCAACGAAUCUUGCCCGACCUGGCUGUACCUCUCCGAGGAAGGGCUGUGUACCUGUGGCAGCAGUCUCCUGAAUGUGAUACUCUGCAACAAUGUCAGUCAAGAGAUCCCAAGAGAGCUGUAGUUGGUCGCUGUCUCUAUGCACAAAACAACCAAGAGUACAUUGAUGGGAGUGCUGGACUGUACAUCGAAGUGGACCGGAACCUUUCGCGACAGGACCACCAGCUCUGUGACUACCUCAAUCGCAGAGGAAGACUGUGUGGAUCUUGCAAGAAAAAUCACUU